AUGGCACCCCCAAAGGCUCUCUCACGGACAACGGCGCACCUAAGGGCCCUGCCAGGGCUGGUGGCGCCCCCAGGGUCCCUCCCAUGGGCGGACGCUUCACCAGAGUCCAUUCCAGGGGCGAUGACACCCCCAGAGGCCUUUCCAGCGGCAGUGCCCCACCCCCCCCCCCAAGGGCCUUAUCAGUGGCGCCGGAAGGAGCCCUCCCAGGGGCCCUCCCAGGGACAGCGGUUCCCCCAGGGCCAGGUCAGGUGUAACGGCGCACCCAGGGGCUCUCCUUUUGGGCAGCAGAGGCCCCAGGGGCCUUCCCAGAGGAGGUGGUGCCUCCAGGGACCCUUCCAGGGCGGUGAUGCCUCAAGGGGCCCUUCCAUGGUCAACGGGUCCCCCAAGUGA